CACAACCACUUCCCAUGCUAGCACACCCACUUCCCAUGCUAGCACACCCACUUUCUUCUUUGGAUAUCAAGCCCAUGUAUGUAUCGGUAUACCCAUGGCGCAAUCACGGCGAUCAGUUGUGAUGUUGGCCUUGGCCAUUGCGUUGGGUUUGCGCUUGAUGGAGUGGAUUGUGCUGGGUGGUCCAACAGGAACAGGAACAGGAAUAGGAAUAGGAACAGGAAAAGCAACCGUGGUAUCAUCAGACUGCUCCUCUGAUGCUGCAAAGAAAAAGACGUCCUCAUCAUCCACACCUCGUCCUCGGGGUCUUCGACUGGUCUUGAUGGGAGACUCCUUGACUCGAUAUUCCUACCUGAGUUUAGUCUACUUUUUACGUUGGGGCACUUGGUACGAUCCCGACUGGCACACGCCACAUCUAGUCCAAGCAUCGAGUUUCGACAAUAUCUUUCACAAUCAAACCUGGGGAGAACAUUCCUGGCAAACCAAUCGCAUGCUGUGGCCCAACGAACUCUGCGAUUGUUUUCGCAAAAUGCCUGGAGCCGUACAAGUCAACAAGGUGGUCAACAAUCGAUACUUUUACGAUCCUGCGUACGACAAUUCCGUCGUCUAUUUGGAUGCCAAAGGACACAAGGGAACACUACACGGUCGCAUUGCAGCACAAAAUGUGUCUCGCUUGCUCUAUCAGCAAGGUUUGGCAGCCAUCAAACUAGGGCCAUCUCCUGUGCUGCCACCCAUGGACAAGCUCCAGAGACCGUUUGCCUGGGUACACAAAUCAUGGAGCGAUGCCAUUUCCAAUUAUGUCGCACAGUUGGAUCCACCACCCAAUCUCAUCAUUCUGAAUGCCGGACUCUGGCCCAACAAUUUUCUAUAUCAGCACGACCUGAUCGAUGACAUGGUCCGAGCCUUGCCAUCCAACACCAAGGCCAUGUGGAAAACCACCAGUUUUGGAAAGGGUGGCAAAGUACUGCACAAGAGCAUUCCAGAAACGGAUGCAUUGCUGUGUUCCAAGCUACACAGCUGCUGGAAUCAAAGUUGGACGCAACACGUGACAGCCAAGUACUACUGGGAUGACAAACACUUCUUCGAGCCGGUCUACCGAAUCAUGAACGAAGAUUUGUUGGAACAAAUCGGGUCUCUACCCGAAGGCUAUCAGCGAUUGGAUCGGUCCGUUCUGUUUCAGAAAUGAAUGGAUAGCAUACUCUUGACUGACUGCAAGAAAGAGUUGCGACAGAAACGACAGCAGUUAUCCUGCAAAAAGCUGUCGGACUAUGCCUGACUCCUCCCCGCCAUGAAAGCGGGAAAUGAGGAUGGUGCCAUACAACCGCGAAUCAUUCAUUGGUCGACUUGUUUGUAUCACGUUGCGGUUCCCCUGCACAGGAUUGAUCGACUGGCAAACGGCAAACGGCAAGCGCCACCAUAUGAAGAGGGCGGAAGCACCAGGCUGCACUAUUCAAUCUCUUGGCUUUUCGGACUAAACACGCCGGGAGGAAGCAGGCAUACAGCGCAACCCCCAAUGACGGCUCAGACGGCGACAUACAGCCGGAUUUGAUUUUCUUGAGUACAAUACCGGUACAGUGAGCAACGAGCGAGGUGCGUAGCUCAAAGACUCUGGUGGUGCGACAAUCUUCCGUGGAUGCCUGGCCAUGCACCAAAGGAUCAGCUAGACCAUCCAUGAUGCUGCAAACUGCAAACAGUAUCUUCGAAGAGAGGACGUGAUGAUCAUUCACCUGUCCACUUUUUGCAACAUAAUGCAAAGUUAUGGACGUAACCUCGGAUAUCGCUGUCUUCGAGGCCAGUUUCAAACGAGUCGAGUCGUGUGAGCUAGCUAGCUAGUAGAAAUAUUCACAAUCAUGAUGUCUUCAAAAGAGCUGUGCAUUAUCCUUUAUUCUGGGUACAGUAAAUGCAAUCACUGAAGGCUUCCACAGCCAUCAGUUGCUAUCUUCUGUCCGUAUGCACAAUCUUUAGAAGCUGUUCGCGUCAACGUUCAUUGGCACCAGUGGUGGUGGCUCGUCCUUGCACCGUGGAGGAGACCUGCCCCUGCCUGUGAUUGUCAUUGAGUGACCGCUACCCGAGGGCAAGGUGGAGUUGUUGCUGACACAUUGACUAGCAAUCUGGUCAUAUCUAUCAUCCCGUCGGGUAUACUCAGUCAUGUUGCUAUUCAUAGAUGCGGUCAUGGCCGUAGCCGCUGACGCAUUCAUCACCUGGACAGUUACCUUGCCUGCUACCACGGGCGCCGGUGACGUUGUCGAAGUUGUCGACAUUUUCAAUGCGUUCUUCUGGUCUUGCUUGUUCGCAGAGACUCGAAACGUCUUUUCUUCCCUUUCCUUAUUCUUCACGUUGCCUCCUUUGAGCAUCUUGAAGAGCUUCUUGACAGGGUUCUUUGUCUUGCUCUUUUGCUGGUUGCUGCUGCGAUCAACCAUCAAAUAAGAAGCCUCUGUCUGCUGGGUGCUGGUGCUUGUCCGCACAGGACUCAGGCUGCGUGUUUGUCGACCGUUGCUUCUCUUGGUGGGCUUGUUUGUGUUUGUCAGGAUGGCAUCAUCAUCAUGUUGCUGCUGCUUGACUUUUGCAGCUGCCUUCCAUGCUUGUUUGCGAUGUGCCCUGCUACUGGAGUCGUCCAAAGUGUGGGUAGCCGUCACCUCAAUAAUUGGGCGAUCCAGUGGCUCCAGUUUUGCCUUUUGGACGAUGGCUUUGUUCUUUCCUACUGAACUUGAAAAAGCGCGAUUGUCUGCAACCUCUGUAAGUUGAGUAUCCGUGGUAGUUUGCCGGUUGAGCGCGCUGUGAAACAUUUGGUCCAGUGACUGUGACAUGUUGGCAUCACGUCCAGCAGAGUCAUCCUUGAUUGGUACUUGAUACUCAUCCAUUUCCUCCUCUUCUUCAUGAAAGGAUGGUUGACGACGAAAAUGAUUGCCACUCGAGCUGUCUUGCCCCAAGCUAGCAUCACGUAAAUCCACCCCCGAACACCCGAUAGUGGACAAAGAUACAUCCAGGUCAUUGACCCCUUUGUCAUUCCCAUUGUUAUUGAAGAAGAGAAGCAUAUUCUCAUAAUUGGAUGGAUGUGCACUGGGAUCCAGUUCAUCUUCCAACAAUGACGCCUUGCCAGGG